CUCUUCUUCUCGCACCCCCGGCCCGUUCGACUCUCGCGAGAGCCCAAGAAGCUAUAAAGGCAGCGCCUCGCGCAGACUUCGCGCGUCUUCUUCCUGGUAGUUCUCGGUUUGUUUUGCUCCGUGGUUGCUGAUAGCAGGAUGUCUUCUGGAACUGCCAAAAUUGGGCACCCUGCCCCCAAUUUCAAAGCCACAGCUGUUAUGCCAGAUGGUCAGUUCAAAGAUAUCAGCCUCUCUGACUACAAAGGGAAAUAUGUUGUGUUUUUCUUUUACCCUCUUGACUUUACCUUUGUGUGCCCCACGGAGAUCAUUGCUUUCAGUGAUAGGGCAGAAGAAUUUAAGAAACUCAACUGUCAAGUGAUUGGUGCUUCUGUGGAUUCUCACUUCUGUCAUCUGGCAUGGGUCAACACACCUAAGAAACAAGGAGGGCUGGGACCUAUGAAUAUUCCCUUGGUAUCUGACCCAAAGCGCACCAUUUCUCAGGACUAUGGGGUCUUAAAGGCAGAUGAAGGCAUCUCAUUCAGGGGCCUCUUCAUCAUUGAUGAUAAGGGGAUCCUUCGGCAGAUCACUGUAAAUGACCUCCCUGUCGGUCGCUCUGUGGAUGAGACUCUGAGACUAGUCCAGGCCUUCCAGUUCACGGACAAACAUGGGGAAGUGUGCCCAGCUGGCUGGAAGCCUGGCAGUGAUACCAUCAAGCCUGAUGUCCAGAAGAGUAAAGAAUAUUUCUCAAAGCAAAAGUGAGCACUGAGCCGUUUCAGUACCAGGCUGCAGUGGGCAGCCAUCAUAACAUCAUAACAAAACCUCUUUUGUACUUUCUUUAUGCUUCAAACACAAGGCCUUAGAGUCAGCCGAGAUGUGGUGUGAGACAGACAGGCCUAUCCUGCAGGGGUUGUGGGGAGGCCAGCCUGCCUUUGCCUGGUGGGAAUGGUCUGAGCUGUGCUGUGGGGCAGGCCACCUGAUGAGUAUCAUGUACCAGUAGUGGGGCAUCAGCCCAUUGAUGUUCUGUAGUUUCUAUUAAACUUGAAUUGAGACCUUGACUCUU